AUGUCAUUUUCCCCAAUACCGUAUUCUCCCUCCAACCCACAAGAUACCCAUGUGCUUCAUGGAACACCGCCGCCCCCACCCCCGAAACCAACGAGCCAUGAAGCAAGCAGAAGAGGCACACCACUGCUAGGCCAGCAAUUCACGACACAAGCCCCUUCCACACCACCGAAGGAAGCUCUGCCGCCCCGGCCGGAAGCAGAGAUGAGCGCAGACAGCAAACAUCCCACUUCUCCCCAUCAUCCAUCCCCGAUCAACAAUCUGCCGCAACCACCUGGCCUCGAUGAACUGUGGAUUCCCGACAUCAUCAAGGACAAAUCAACCAAAGACCUCCAAUCCAUCCUCUCCGACCCGUCACUCCUCAACGCCCUCGCCAACACCCACCCGUCCCACUCCGCUUCCCAAUCCCACCUCCUCGCCCUCCUCGACUCCAACAAGGCCCUCGCCGCACACGUCCUCGAUCUCGAAUCCCACCUCUCCGCCCUCCGCGCCUCCACCGAAUCCCUCCUCCUCCAACACCAGUCUCUCGAACUCUCCUGGCGCAAAAAGCAGACGGAAAUGGAUACCGCGCUGGCGCCGUGGUCGCCCAAGGCGCUGUAUCAGCGGCUGGUGGCGGCGAUUGCGGAGCAGGAGGCGGUGGUGAGGGCGGUUGAGGAGAGCUUUUUGGAUGGGGACUUGCAGCAUGGGGUUGCGGGGGAGAGGGAGGUGGCGGAGUGGGUGAAGCGCUUGAGGAGUGAGGGGGCCAAGUUGGAGUUUAGGAGAGAGGCGCGAACGAGGUGGGAUGAAGGGAGAGUGGGAGGGUGGAGAUGA